AUGGCCACCGCCCAGCCCGCGACCAUCUCCGUCGGCGACAAGCUCCCCGCCGCCACCCUCUCCUACUACGACGCCGCAGGUGAUUUGAAGACCGUCUCGAUCUCCGACCUCACCUCCGGCAAGAAGGUCGUCCUCCUCGCCGUCCCCGGCGCUUUCACCCCGACAUGCUCGCAGAAGCACCUCCCAGGGUUCGUGGAGCACGCCGCCGAGUUCAAGGCGAAGGGAAUCGACACCGUGGCCUGCCUCUGCCCAUCGGCCCCAGCCCUUCUAAGCAAAUCGACGGUCGUGAUUAGCCCAACCACCUCUAUAAAUACAGGGCUUUGGUUACAAUUCUCUACCACUCACAAUCAAACACCACAUUUAUAA